UGAUUUGGUCACGAAAAUUCAGAAGGACAAACCAAAAUAUACCCUGGAGAAUAAGAGGUUAAGUUUGUUAAUAUUCACUAAUAAAUAUUAUUUACAUCUCAUUCUGUUCUGUUCAGCUCUACUUAUUCUAGACUGACAGAUGGAGCAGACUGGUUUUAAGGAGGAGGACUGUAGUGGGAGCAAUGGGGUGUCAGGUGUGCCUGUGUGAUGACUGUGUGUUGCCUUCGGGCCUCACAAGGGCAAAAUAAUAUGAAUAUUAUUUAUAUAAGUGAGUUUCAGGUGUGUAAGGCUGAUAUCCUGCCCUACGAGUGACAUAACCUGUUUAUCUUCAUUCUCUGGGGGAACGCGUGGUGCCACAGCUUAUCGCUUCCCACCGUCACACUGACUCAGACAAAAGGAGGUGAGUGAAGUUUAAGGCCUGGGAACGCUGUGCAUUCCGCUCCUCACCUGUCUGCACUCUGAUAUACAUCUGAUAGACAAGCAGCAAAGAAAAAAGUCACAAAAGCAUGUAGGCCAGGAGUCGACAGGCUCGGCCGCGUUAUUACACCCAGAACAGAGAGGCCUGGACGUUCUGUACAGAGAACAUGCGUCACACUCUCAGAGAAUCUCCCGUGACUUCACUAAAGGAAAGAACACGAUGCUCUGAGCUUUACUGAAAUGUGUGCAGUGACACCAUCGUUCCUCCGUCUUCCACUCAGCAAUGUUUCUGAUCCUCUUCACUCCAGGGCUUUUCUCUCUAUGUUUGGGCUCCGAGCCUCUUCAGUAUCACUUCAUAGCUGACAGAAAGAACUGGACGGAGGCUCAGAGGUAUUGCAGAGAGGUCUACUCUGAUCUGGCCACUAUUACCAAUGCAGACGUCAUGAGCGGCCUGCUGAGGAACAUUUCAGCCGUAAGCACUGAGAACGUUUACAUCGGACUCCACAGGACAGACAUAUACACGUGGCACUGGUCACUGCCGGAUAUUUCUCCGCAGUCUGACUUCCGUAACUGGAAACGAGGGCAGCCGAAUGUGAACUCUAAUCAGGACAGGUGUGCAGUAAUGGAGCCGAGUGGAGAAUGGGUCGAAGAUAGCUGUUCCACUCAGAGGCAGUUUGUAUGCAUCGACGAGAUCGGCGGCGGCUACGUCCUGGUGGAGGUGAACAGAUCUUGGAGAGAAGCUCAGGAACACUGCAGAACCUUCUACACAGAUCUGGCCAGUGCCAGGAACUCUUCUGAAAACCAGGCUGUAAACGUGGCCUCCAAGUUUCAGCAGGUGUGGAUUGGGCUGUUUAAAGAUUCGUGGGUGUGGUCAGACCAGAGCGACUCCUCCUAUCGCUUCUGGAAGACCAAUCAGCCGAAUAACCUCAAAGGACAAGACUGCACGGUGGCUACAAUGAACCGCACCGGAAGAUGGAAUGAUGUUAGCUGUGGUAACGCUAACGCCUUCAUCUGCCAAGAAGCUUUGAAAAUGCAAAACACACCUUCCCAGUCGGUCACAUCCCCAGCAUCCAGACCGAUCCAAAACCAGAUCUCGCCAACAGCAGCUACGUCACCAAACGUCCAAAACAUUUCUCUUAAUGUUUCUCCAACACUGAUGAAACCGGACACAACAGCUGCCUCGGAAAUGAAUCAAACAGCUACACAACACAGAAGCAGAUUUCCUGAGACAGAUAUCACACUGUCUGCAGGGUACAUACCAUCCCCCACUGCCCAAUCCCAGGUUCCAACAGAUCAGAUGACAACCAGCAAUGGAUCAGAUACUCCUGAUGGUGCUGUAGACAGUACAGGAUCAGAACCAGGAGUUACAGCACACACAACGCUGCUUAACACAGCGACAGAAAGCCCACAAGCCUCAGUGAUCACAUCACCAGAAUCUACAAUAACAACUACACCUCUACACGUCUACACUCAGGUUCCAGCCGCUAAAAUCAUGGACGGUUUCUCCAAUAUAAUCACACCCUCAGCACCUUCGAUCAACUCUACUCCAGCCCAAACACUGCCUACUGCUCCUCUACGCACAAGCAAACCUGCUGCUGAGACGAAUACGGCAUUUAGCGCAUCUCAGAAUGUUAAAGCACCAUUAGAACCCACAGUAGAGCCAACAGCAGGACCUACAGUGUCCCGAAACGAUGCACAAACUCAAGGAUCCAACGUCGCUCCAAAACAUACAAGAAGAUCUGCAGAGUUUUCUAAUGAAACCACGAUGGCACUGAAUACAGAGACUAUACUGCCCCAAACAACCGUAACAGUCCGAGAUACAACGACUGAGAGGAGUAUUGCAAGAAUACAACAACAACUAGAAGAUAACCUGGUUCUGGUGAAGGAGAACCUAACGUGGAGUGAAGCAGUGAGGUACUGCAGGGAACAUCAUGUGGACCUGAUGUCCGUUCUCUCUGAGCAGCAGCAGAAAAGUGUGGAGAAGAAAGCUAGCCUAGCUUCCAGCAGCUACGUGUGGCUGGGCCUGCGCUAUUCCUGCACGUUUAACUUCUGGUUCUGGAUCAGAAACAGAGAGACUGGCUGCUACCAGAACUGGGCUCCGGGUCACAGAACCGAGGGCCUGGACUGCGGCCUGGCCGGAGCGAUGGAGUCCGGCGGGGAGCACCGAUGGGCGGGAAGGUCUCAGAGUGACAGGUUCAACUUCGUCUGCUUCACGUGUGCUACGUGCCAAACGUGCGGUGCUGGAGUUGUACCUUAGCACUAGAAAUGAAGGAAAGGUAAACAGAGAGAGAGACUGUGACGGACAAUUUGAGAAUGUAGUUAAUCUGAAUUCGACUGCUGCUGCAUGUAAUUCCAGUGUAUUGUGUAUUAAAGGAAUAUUCCAGUGUUUUCAUUCCUAA